CUCUCCUCGCCAUCCUUACGGCGGCGGGUCCGGCUCCAGAUCGGCCGUCCAUGGGGCUGUCCGCUCCCCGCCGAGCGCAAAGCGUCUGAGAGGAGGGGGCGAUGGCCCCGGCGCGGGGGGCCGCCUAGCAUGGCCCGGGGAGGGACGCCCCCCGUCUCUUCCUCUGGCCCCGAGCCCCUGCCCCGCCGCGCCUUGCGGAAGCUGCUGCUGGUUCUGGGCUCCGUGCUCAUGUCUCUCUACGCCAGCUAUUGCCUAGCCGGGGCAGCGCGCGUCCUCACCCGGGAUCCGGCCCCGAUUCCCGUGGCUCAAGGCGAAGAGGCGGCUGGCACGCCCCGGGAUCCCUUACUGCAAGCCCAGCCGGGGGGAGAAGGCAACAAGCGGCUGCCGCAAGCGGUGAUCAUCGGCGUGAAGAAGGGCGGCACCCGAGCGCUGCUCGAGUUUCUGCGGGUGCAUCCGGAUGUGAGGGCGGCCGGCGCCGAGCCGCACUUCUUCGAUCGGAACUACGGCCGGGGACUCGCCUGGUACCGGGAACUGAUGCCAAGAACACUCGAUGGCCAGAUCACCAUGGAGAAAACACCCAGCUACUUUGUCACUAAAGAAGCACCAGCUCGGAUCUCCUCUAUGUCAAAGGACACCAAGCUCAUUGUGGUGGUGAGGGACCCAGUCACCCGAGCCAUUUCUGACUACACACAAACCCUUUCCAAGAAGCCAGACAUCCCAUCUUUUGAGAGCCUGACCUUCAAAAACAGGACUACGGGUUUGAUCGAUACCUCCUGGAGUGCCAUCCAGAUUGGAAUUUAUGCCAAGCAUUUGGAAAAUUGGCUCUUGUACUUCCCACUUGGGCAAAUCCUUUUUGUCAGUGGGGAGAGACUGAUCAGUGAUCCAGCAGGUGAGUUGGGCCGUGUCCAGGACUUUCUGGGCCUCAAGAGGAUCAUCACAGACAAACAUUUCUACUUCAACAAAACCACGGGGUUCCCAUGCCUGAAAAAGGCGGAAGGCAGCAGCAAGCCCCACUGCCUGGGCAAGACGAAAGGACGGACCCACCCCAAUAUUGACCAGAAAGUAGUACAAAGGCUGCGAGAAUUCUAUCAGCCGUUCAACAUGAAGUUUUACCAGAUGACUGGCCAUGACUUUGGCUGGGAUUAAGGGUGGAAAAAUAGUAAUUUAAUCAUAUUAAAAGGAAAAAAUAUAUAUUUUUGUACAUAUCAAUAGAGAUGGAAAUCUAAUAUUUGUGCUAAAGUCUAGUGAUUCCAAUUAAUAUUUUUAUUUUAAUGCAAACAUAUAUUUACUUCUUUUGUUAUUCAAGAUUUAUGAUAUCCAGUUCCACAAAUCCAGAAGACUGCCACUUAAUUUAUGGAUAGAAUUGUUGACUAUGAGACCUCACAGAGACAGAGACUUUUAUUUUCAAUAUGUUAUUUUUGGAGUUUUUAUAAAAUAAUUUGGUACCUCAGUCUGUGGAUUCUAAUAUCAGUGUCCAGAUAGUUUUUGUUUUUUUAAAAAUAGCUUUAGUCAGUCAUGUUGGUAACCAAAUAAUCAGGACUGAAAGACAUUUUUUCCUAUUUGAUCUAUUCUACUUGGUCAAUUCAUAUGAUUUAGACAUCUGCAUUGCUAAAGUGGAUGACAAGAUAUUUUCAAUGAGUUUCAGGGUAAAAAAAGUCACUAAACAUUUCAAUUCUUUGUAAACAUUACAAAAUUAUUUAUGCAUUGGAUCCUCAUUUGACUUAAUAAGGACAUUAGAAGAGCAGCCUCUGACUCUCACGAAACCAGAUUUUAUUCAAAGCUGCAGGAACAGCAGAUAACAUUUUAGCUCUGCUGAAACAUUCUAAUUUCCUACUAUGUAAAGAUGCUUUUCUGUUUGUAUUACUAAAGCUAAUAUACACCCUUGAGAUCGGGUCAUUAGGCAGUUACUGAAGAGUGAUGUGAGGCCUUUUCCAAACAUGUGACCCCCCCAAAUCUAGAUGUUUUCUCAAAGAAGAUCCAAUAUCCAAACUAAUUAAGAUAAAAUAUCUUCAUUAUAGUUUGAAAUGCAUUUCAAAGCAUUAUUCGACUCACCCACCUGUUGUCUCCAUAAAGCCUUAUAUUGGCUCAGAUUUCCCUGCCCACAGUUCAGUGACAGAUGGGCUGAGUUGAUGAGUCAACAGUAGGGAAAAAAAAAGAAAGCCAAGUCAUUUUCCCUAUCAUCUCUCCCACUUAAGCUCAAGAGGUCAUUGGGUCAUCAGUCGCUACCUCCAACCAGCCAGGAUAACUUUCUCUCUCAGCUCAGAGUGCCCAACUCUCAUCUUUUUUCUGAAAUUGUACCAUAAAACACUUGAGUAAAUAUUUUAUAGCUGCCCCAACAAAGAAGGGAGAAUAUUUUGUUGUAUCUCCAACUUUUAUGUCUUAGGUAUUUCUGAGAUUAUGAUUAAUCCCAAAUACAGUUAUCACCCACUGGAACAGCUGUGGCUCUAAAAGACAAAACACUAGCAGCAGGAAUAUGGGCAAAACCUCUAUUACCAUAUGUUGCUUUUUCUGGGCUCAAACUUUCAAGUCCCAUAGAAUGUAUGCCACCCUACAAGCACCAGGAACUAUAGCACUUGUUUAAAAAAUGGUUCAUCCCACUGUUCCCUUCUUCCACCUCCACCCCCCAAGGACUGGAGCAAUGAAAUUAUUCUCAAUUAAAAUUUACCCCACCAAAGUAAAUUGAAUUUGCAAUUGGCCUGGCACUUCUGUACCAAAUCCUAGACAAUUGUUUGCUGACAUGACAAUCUACAGUAAUUACAGAUCUAGAAUAAUUAAUUGUCUCAUUGUCUCUGUGAUUAUUUGUACCAUUGUACCUUUCCACAUAGAAUGAUGCAUCUUUUGAUAGUUCUGUCAGGUUCAUAGUUGUACUUGUAAAGCCAAUCUAGAAAUGACAGUGGCUGAUACAUGUCUUAUUCCAUUUCUAUCACUUUACUGCUAAAGUAAAUGCUGAGGAAACAUUCCCAUCUCCAACACCUUAUUCUUCACCAAUCUAUUGCUCCAGACUGUUUUCUUUCACCUCAUAGUUGGAACUAGAAAGGCUUAAAAGCUGAUGGAAAUAACUUUCAGCAAAGUAAAAUGCAGAUUAGUCUAUUUGUUUAUUUGAUUAUUAAAGGAACAUAUACCACAUUCUGAAAGCAAAUGA